GCCAAUUGCAAGGCUCUAAUAGCAGCCUUCUGCUCUCCACGGUCAUUCUCUCCUCUUCCUACGACCGCGAGCGAUGAGUCUCGACCAGAAUCUGUUCACACUCAACUUUGUGCCCGGCAAGGACGAUCCUAAUGUUACGGAGCUUGUCGAUCCCGCCGAGCGACCGCAUUACCGUAAGGAGCGUGUACCGGGGAGCGUGUACCAGAUGAACGUGUAUGACCCGCUUUCGCAGUCGCUCCUGGCGUCUGCAACCGCCCCGGCCGCAACGAGCAAGCACAAGACGAUAGAGCUGCACAACCCAUCGCAUAUCGUAGAGCUCAAGCAUACAGGUACUCUGACGUUCAAAUGGAGGUUUGCAUGGGAAGAGCACGAGUUUGAGUGGCGGCGCGAAGAGUGCUUCAUUAUCCGGAAACCCGAUCCUGCCGUCCUGGUCGCGGUGACCAAGGAGCCUUCGGGACGGCUGAAAACGUCGUCGGUGCAAAUUCUGGACUACAACCUGAACAGAUUCGACAUUAAUGACCGCAAAGGGCUUGAGAUCGUCAUCCUAACUGCGCUGCUGACGUUCCAAGACUCGAACGAGGCCUACCACACGCCGUCUUCGGACCCGCCAACUCCGGCGCAGACAAGCAGCGGCCUUUCGGGGUUCUUCGGUACUGUACGGCGUGCAUCGGACACCACUCUCCAAACUCUCAGCAAACAAACUUCGGAGGUCGACGCACCGCCUCCGCUGCCACCGAAACCGGAGCCGAGGGUCGGUGUGGAAAGGAUAGCGGAGGUACACGCCAUCAGGGCAGCGCAGGGAGAGGGCGAGUCGAACGAGGUGCUCGUAGCGGAUGAGGGUACAAUUGAAGAUUAUGCCAAGUAUGCUGAAGGCUUACUCAAGGAUGAUUCGAUGCUAUUCGCUACGAUACGCUCGGCGUCGGCAAGCGAGGUGCCAAAGGUGCUGCAGGUCGUUGAGCACACGAAACGUCUUCGUCAUAAGGCUGGUCUAGACGAGGAACAGGAGCUAUAUCAAUAUGUCGUGUACGCUACUGAGAAGCCGAAAGGCCCCAAACGCAUCAACCUCGACGGUCCUGCGCCGUCAUCUCAUAAGGCAUAUACACCUCCGACCAGUCUAAGAGUACACUUAAGCAAGAUUGACAUGCCCGAGCUGAAGCCUAAACCCGACGUCACCCCCACAAAGAUGCGUUCGCCGACUCAAAACCCUCCUCCUGUGCCGCCGCGGGUGGCAGAGGAGGAGAGGCUGGCUAAGUCGUCAAAGCAGAGCAAGCGAGAGGAGCGGGAACGGGAGAAGGAAAGGGAGCGAGAGAGAUUGCGGGAGCUAGAGCGGGAGAAGGCGCAGAAGAAGGCUGAGAAAGAAGCGCAGAAAAGGGCGGAGAAGGAUGCGAAGAAGAAUAAGAAGGCCUCGUCGUCCAAUCCCGAGGUGAACAGGUUGACGAGACCUCAUCCGACUGUUGUCACUUCUCCUAGCCCUGCCUCGGCCUCGCCUUAUUCAUACGGCCCUCCCCUCUCUGGACCAUUUCAUCAUGCGCCACCGCCGAGACCUGCGUCGGCAUUCUAUGGAGGCUCCAGCUUCUCGUCACAAAUGCCGCCUCCACCUCACCAUCCCGCUACCCUGCCACCCCGACCGUCUAGCUUCUAUGGCCCCGGCACUUUCAUGAAUCCCUAUCCUGGACAGAACACUUCCACCCCUGGCUUCCGUCCUUUUUUGCAACCUUAAACCAUUCGGGCUAUUUGCCGUGCUAUUAUUGUGUCAGCCGCUACCGCAUCUUGCAUAUGUGUAACUUAUUCUUAGAUAAGGUAUGUGAAAACGG